ACACUUGCCAGUGGUGUCAGCGAGCAUUCAACUUCUUCCUCUGGUUAAGUGGAUUUACUUGAAGAAAGAAGGAAAAAAUGUCUCCACUUCUGAUAAGCAUCUGUAAUAUCACUGAAGUUUUCAAUCAAUAUGCCUCACAUAAUUGUGAUGGGGCUGCAUUAAGCAAGAAAGACCUAAAGAACCUCCUUGAAAGGGAAUUUGGAGCUGUCCUUCAGAGACCGCAUGACCCUGAGACAGUAGAUCUAAUCCUGGAACUUCUGGAUCGUGACAGUAAUGGGAGCGUGGAUUUCAAUGAAUUCCUCCUGUUCAUUUUCAAGGUGGCUCAAGCUUGUUAUUACGCUCUUAGCCAGGCUUCGGGGAUAGAUGAGAAGGGUGCGCAGUGUGAGGGAAAGGGGAACCUGUUGCAAGAUCAUAGGCAAGAAGACCAAAGGAGAUUUGAACCGAGAGACCAACAAUUAGAAGAACCUGGGCAACAGCGCAGGCAGAAGAGGCAGGAGAGGGAGCUCACUGAGGAAGAGAAGAGAGAGAAGCAAGAGAAACGUGGACAGCGCGACAGGCAGGGCUUCGAAGAGGAGCAGCAACUGCAAAGUCGUGAGGAGGGGCGAGAGCAGCAGCUGAGGAGGAAGCAGGAGGAGAGGCUGGAGCAGGAGGAGAGGCAAGAGCAGCAGCUGAGGAGGGAGCAGGAGGAGAGGCGAGAGCAGCAGCUGAGGAGGGAGCAGGAGGAGAGGCGAGAGCAGCAGCUGAGGAGGGAGCAGGAGGAGAGGCUGGAGCAGGAGGAGAGGCGAGAGCAGCAGCUGAGGAGGGAGCAGGAGGAGAGGCUGGAGCAGGAGGAGAGGCGAGAGCAGCGGCUGAGGAGGGAGCAGGAGGAGAGGCUGGAGCAGGAGGAGAGGCGAGAGCAGCGGCUGAAGAGGGAGCAGGAGAGGCUGGAGCAGGAGGAGAGGCGAGAGCAGCGGCUGAAGAGGGAGCAGGAGAGGCUGGAGCAGGAGGAGAGGCGAGAGCAGCGGCUGAAGAGGGAGCAGGAGGAGAGGCUGGAGCAGGAGGAGAGGCGAGAGCAGCAGCUGAGGAGGGAGCAGGAGGAGAGGCGAGAGCAGCAGCUGAGGAGGGAGCAGGAGAGGCUGGAGCAGGAGGAGAGGCGAGAGCAGCGGCUGAAGAGGGAGCAGGAGGAGAGGCUGGAGCAGGAGGAGAGGAGAGAGCAGCAGCUGAGGAGGGAGCAGGAGGAGAGGCGAGAGCAGCAGCUGAGGAGGGAGCAGGAGGAGAGGCGAGAGCAGCAGCUGAGGAGGGAGCAGGAGGAGAGGCGAGAGCAGCAGCUGAGGAGUGAGCAGGAGGAGAGGCGAGAGCAGCGGCUGAAGAGGGAGCAGGAGGAGAGGCUGGAACAGGAGAGAAGAGAGCAGCAGCUGAGGAGGAAGCAGGAGGAGAGGCUGGAGCAGCAGCUGAGGAGGGAGCAGGAGGAGAGGCUGGAGCAGGAGGAGAGGCGAGAGCAGCAGCUGAGGAGGGAGCAGGAGGAGAGGCUGGAGCAGGAGGAGAGGCGAGAGCAGCGGCUGAAGAGGGAGCAGAAGGAGAGGCUGGAGCAGGAGAGGCGAGAGCAGCGGCUGAGGAGGGAGCAGGAGAGGCUGGAGCAAGAGAAGCUGGAGCAGGAUGAGAGGCGAGAACAGCGGCUGAGGCAGGAGCAGGGUAAGACUCGCACCCCAAGGUGGCAGUGGCAGCUAGAAAGCGAGGCCCACGCACGUCAGAGUAAAGUCUACUCCAGGCCCCGCAGGCAGGAGGAGCGGAGGCAGCGCCAGGAGCCGGAGCAGCAGGCACACCGGCAGCAUGAGGAGGAGGAGAGGCAGCGCAGCGACUUCAAAUGGCGGUGGCAGGCGGAGGAGAGCGAGAGGCGCCACCAGAGGCUGUUGGCCAGGACCUCCAGGGAGCGGCUGGAGAGGCAGCUGAGGGCGGAGGAGCGCGAGGAGCCAGAGCAGUGGCUCCGUGAGGAGAAGCAGGAGCUGCAGUUCCGCGAAGACCAGAUGCAGCGGCAGGAGGGUGCUGCACAGCUCCCAGACCAGGGGGACCGCCUGCAGCAAGAGCGUGAGAAGAGGCAACGCCAGGAGGAGCAGAACAGUGAACAAAGGUGGAGGUGGCAACUGGAGGAAGAAAGUCAGAGAAGCCGCUACACCCUGUAUGCCAAGCCAACCCUGCGGGAGCAGCUGAGACAAAAAGAGCAGCUACAGCAGGAGGAGCAGCUACAGCGCCAGGAAAGGGAUAGAAAGUUCCGUGAGGAGGAGCCGCUCCAGGACAGAGAGGAGCAGCUGCAUCACCAGGAACGCCACAGAAAGUUCCGUGAAGAGGAGCAGCUGCAUCGCCAAGAGCGCGAUAGAAAGUUCCCCGAGGAGGAGCAGCUCAGGGACAGAGAAGAGCAGCUGCGUCGCCAGGACCGCCACAGAAAGUUCCGUGAGGAGGAGCUGCGUCGCCAAGAGCGCGACAGAAAGUUCCGCGGGGAGGGGCAGCUCCUCCGGGACAGAGAGGAGCAGCUGCGUCGCCAAGAGCGCGACAGAAAGUUCCGCGAGGAGGAGCAGCUCCUCCGGGACAGAGAGGAGCAGCUGCGUCGCCAAGAGCGCGACAGAAAGUUCCGUGAGGAGGAGCAGCUCCUCCGGGACAGAGAGGAGCAGCUGCGUCGCCAAGAGCGCGACAGAAAGUUCCGUGAGGAGGAGCAGCUCCUCCGGGACAGAGAGGAGCAGCUGCGUCGCCAAGAGCGCGACAGAAAGUUCCGUGAGGAGGAGCAGCUCCUCCGGGACAGAGAGGAGCAGCUGCGUCGCCAAGAGCGCGACAGAAAGUUCCGUGAGGAGGAGCAGCUCCGGGACAGAGAAGAGCAGCUGCGUCGCCAGGAACGCGACAGAAAGUUCCGUGAGGAGCAGCUGUGUCACCAAGAGCACGACAGAAAGUUCCGUGGGGAGGGGCAGCUCCUCCGGGACAGAGAGGAGCAGCUGCGUCGCCAAGAGCGCGACAGAAAGUUCCGUGAGGAGGAGCAGCUCCUCCGGGACAGAGAGGAGCAGCUGCGUCGCCAAGAGCGCGACAGAAAGUUCCAUGAGGAGGAGCAGCUGCGUCUCCAGGAAUGCGACAGAAAGUUCCAUGAGGAGGAGCAGCUCCUCCAGGACAGAGAGGAGCAGCUGCGUCGCCAAGAGCGCGACAGAAAGUUCCGUGAGGAGGAGCAGCUGCGUCGCCAAGAGCGCGACAGAAAGUUCCGUGAGGAGGAGCAGCUGCGUCGCCAAGAGCGCGACAGAAAGUUCCGUGAGGAGGAGCAGCUGCUUCGCCAAGAGCGCGACAGAAAGUUCCGUGAGGAGGAGCAGCUGCGUCACCAAGAGCAAGACAGAAAGUUCCAUGAGGAGGAGCACCUCCAGGAGAGAGAGGAGCAGCUGCAUCGCCAAGAGCGCAACAGAAAGUUCCAUGAGGAGGAGCAGCUGCGUCUCCAGGAACGCGACAGAAAGUUCCAUGAGGAGGAGCAGCUCCUCCAGGACAGAGAGGAGCAGGUGCGUCGCCAAGAGCGCAACAGAAAGUUCCAUGAGGAGGAGCAGCUGCGUCUCCAGGAAUGUGACAGAAAGUUCCGUGAGGAGGAGCAGCUCCUCCAGGAGAGAGAGGAGCAGCUGCGUCGCCAAGAGUGGGACAGAAAGUUCCAUGAGGAGGAGCAGCUGCGUCGCCAGGAACGCGACAGAAAGUUCCGUGAGGAGGAGCAGCUCCUCCAGGAGAGAGAGGAGCAGCUGCGUCAACAAGAGCGGGACAGAAAGUUCCGUGUGGAGGAGCAGCUCCUCCAGGACAGAGAGGAGCAGCUGUGUCGCCAAGAGCGCGACAGAAAGUUCCAUGAGGAGGAGCAGCUGCGUCGCCAAGAGCGCGACAGAAAGUUCCAUGAGGAGGACCAGGAACGCGACAGAAAGUUCCGUGAGGAGGAGCAGCUCCUCCAGGAGAGAGAGGAGCAGCUGCGUCGCCAAGAGCGCGACAGAAAGUUCCGCCCGGAGGAGCAGGACCUCCAGGAGAGAGAGGAGCAGCUGCAUCACCAAGAACGAGACAGAAAUUUCCCCCGAGAGCAGCAGCAGUUGCAGCUUGAGGAGCAGGAAGAGCAGAGGCUUGGGCAGGAGCGAGACAGACAGUACCGCGCAGAAGAGCUGUUGGCCAAGGCGAAGAGUCGUCGCCAAGAACUGGAUAGGAAAUUCCGGGAGGAAGAACAGCUCCGCCGCCAGCAAGAGGAGGAGCAAAGGUGCCGCCAAGUCCGGGAGAGAAAAUCCUGGGAAGACAAGGGCCGUGGGCAGGUGCUGGAGUCUGGCACGCGUCAAUUCGCCUAUGUCCCUGUGCGCUCCAGCCCUCUGUAUGAGUACAUCCAGGAGCAGAGAUCUCAAUACCGCCCUUAAAAGAUGCUGCCAAUGUCCUGACACCUGCCAAAGCGUCCAGAAAAUGAAAAACCCUGGGUACCAAGUGAUAACUCAAAUGUUUCUGGUUGUGGGAAAAUUCUUUGCUAUUAGGAUGUGUCUUUUCUUCCAACAUCCUAAAGUACAUUAUUUUAUGUACUUUGUACUCAUGCCUUUUAUUCUCCCUGAAGUAGUUCUUUCCUGAAAGAUGUCUUUACUCCUUGGUGCAGAUGUGUGCAUUCUUAGAAAUAUAUAUAUGUAUCUUUUGAUUUGUUUAAGGAGUUUUGUUUGAGAAACACAUUAAUUUAUCGCUUUCAGAAGUAAGGAGACUAAAUAUGGCAAUUUGAAGUUCAAAACAAUAGGUCUAUUUAAUGGUUGAUCCAUUUUGUGAAGAGUUCAGAUGUUUUUAAUGUUUAAAUUGAUACUUCUUGGGCCUAAAUUUCAUUAAUCUUUGCCUCCAAAUAGCUUUUAAUCUUUUAUGGCAUAAUUCGCACAGAUUCCAGGUGACUGAAUUUUUACAAUCUUGAAUACUGCUGGGAGAAAGGGGGUGACUUCUGCAGAAAAACUCCCUGUGAAAUCAGUCCAUAACUGGAGAAAUAUCUGUUAAGAAUAAGAUUUAGCUUGAAUACUUAGAAUUUGAUUUUUGUAAUGCCCCAUUUAUAAUCUCAUGAAGCAAAAAUGAGGUGUUUCUCAAACAACUUCAGAGUUCAAAUUUUAAAACUCUGUCUGCUGUAGUUUCUAGUAUUCAAUUCUAUUCCCCCAAGUUUUGUUGGGUUUGAGAAUAUUACUAAUCUUUGUUAACUUUAACUUAGAAGAAACCUACUUAAAAUCCUAUAAACAUUUAACUUACUCUAGGGCCAAUAAGAGAUCACCAAGAGCAUGUUGGGGAGGGAAAGGGGAAAAUGUGUGAACAGAAGGGAAAAUUUGUAGAGGCUCUUUAAGAAGAUUCAUCAGCCCACAAUCCUUUGAGGCUUACUGGUACUACCUUGGAGACAUUCUUGUUGAGACAAUUGGACUGUGUGAAAAAUUAAUAAAUGUUUGGCAAUUAA